AUGUUAUCAACUCAUCAUCACCAAGGGAAUUCAAGCUCAUCUUCAUCAUCUUCAUCCCCAUCACAGACAAUUGGCGGAUCGGAUUUAUCAAAUAUAUCAGCACUCCCAUUACCAUUACCAUCUAUAUUUACAACAGCACAAAACCAAAUGAAUCCACCAAUUUUAUUCCCACCAACUUCAUCGUUGUUGGGAGGUUCAUCAAACACACCAUCAUUUUUAUUACCACCAUCAUCUAUAAUGUCAUCAAAUGUUUUUCCAUCUCAUGAUGGUCAAUAUCCAGAUAUGCCAAAUAUGGUUGAUCAAUAUCAAAUACAUCCAAAUCAAAAUCCUCAUUAUAAUUAUCAAUAUCAAUUAAUGUUUAUGCAACAACAAGCUCAACAAAAUCAACCACCACAACAAAAUCAACAACAACAACAUCACCAACAACAACAACAACAACCACAACACCAUCAACAAAUGCAACAACAACAACAUCAUCAACAAAUGCAACAACAACAACAACAUCAUCAACAAAUGCAACAACAACAACAUCACCAACAAAUGCAACAUCAUCAAUUACAACAACACCAACACCAACACCAACAACAACAACAACAACAACAACACCAACAACAACAUCAUCAACAACAACAACAACAACAACAACAACAUCACCAACAACAACAACAUCACCAACAUAGUCAACCACAACAACAACAUCAACACAAUCAACAACAACAACAUCAACAUAAUCAACAACAACAUCAACAACAACAAAAUCAAAUUCAAAUGGUACCACAGCAACCACAAUCAUUAUCAAAUAGUGGAAAUAAUAAUAAUAAUAAUAAUAAUAACAACAAUAGUAAUAAUAACAAUAAUAAUAAUAAUAAUAAUAAUUCACAUCAAUUAAAUAAUUUAACAUUAUCACAAAAUAAUACAAGUGGUAGUAAUACACCAUCACCAUCAACUAAAGGUAAAAGAAAACAUCAUGAAACAUCAAAUUCAGAGAAAAAAGAUUCAUCUGGACAAACAAUUCCAAAAUGUACUCGUUGUAAUGAAGCAGCAUCAUGGAAACAUGAUAAAAGACGUUGGUGGUGUAAAGAAUGUAAAAAAGCCUUUACUCCAGGUAUUACCAAAAUGCAACAAGUACCACAACAAGCACAACUUCAACCAUUACAAAAUCAUAAUCAAAUAAUACCACAACUUUGGGAUUCUCAACAAAAUAAUAGUUCUCAAAAUACUCCACCAACUCAACCACAAAACAAUAUGAAUCAAAUCAAUCAUCAACUUUUACAACAACAACAUCAACAAGCUCAACUUCAAGCUCAUUUAAAUUUAACAGCAUCAAAUCAACAAGUACCACCACAAUUACAACAACAAAUCAAUGGUGGUUUACCAAAUAAUAACAAUAGUUUAAUCACUCAAAAUACAUUGAAUUCAUUAUCAACCUCUGUAUCAUGUCCACCUUGUCCAUUGUGUAGAGGUAUUUCAUCAUGGAAACAUGAUAAAAAGCGUUAUUUCUGUAAAGAAUGUAAAAAACCAUUUACACCUGUUGGUGCAGGACUUUCACCAUCAUCAUCACCUUCUUCACCAAAAAAGAAAUCAAAUAUUACACCAAUUACAACUUCAUCAACAUCAUCAUCUUCUUCAACUCCUUCAAUUAUAAACAACAACAAUAACAACAACGCAAAUUCUUCUAAAAAUAAUACACCAAAAAAACAAUUAUCACCACCACCAUCUGUUUUACAAUCACCAUCUUCCUCUUCAAUCUCACAAUCACCACUUCAAUUAAAUUAUCAAACUCCAACUUACUCACCAAAUCCAUCACUUCCAUCAAUUGGUGGAAAUUUAAAUUCCCUUGCAAAUAGUAUAAAACCAGAUGGUGGUAUCUUAAUAUCUGGUCUAUCUCCUCCAAAAUCUUCAUCAUCAUUAAAUAAUUUAAAUUCUUUCUCAAAUACUGGUGCACUUUUAUCAAGUAAUGGAAUUAAUCUAGCCAAUUUAGGUAAUCCACUAUCUCAAUUAAAUAAAAAACAAAAAAAGAGAUCCGAUAAAGAUAUAAAUGAUGGUGGUGUUCAAGUAUUGGUUAGUUGUGUCGAUACUAAUGUAAAUAAUUGUUCUUCAAUUAUACCUGAUGGUGAUAGUUGGUAA